CCUGGUCCUGGAAGCCGGCAAAGCGUAUUGAGGGCACUUCUUAACAAAAGAACUUGCUUGAAAAUUGCAGGUCCUUUUGAGAAGAAAUGAGUGAUCGUCCAUGCCAGUUUUGCAGAAGCUUUGAAUCAAUAAUCGGGGCUACAAAAAGUUCAAAAUGAAAUGGCUUGUGGUUCAGGCUGUGUCCACGAAACCACAUUUGUGUGCAAAGAGGUCUUGGGGAGUAGAUAUUAUCGGAGGGCUGCUUAUCCUCCUCCUCCCCCUUGCAAUUGCGUGUUAUACAUAAGAGCCGUUCCGAGUUCCUGCAUUGCUGAGCAGACAUUAAUAGCCCUGCAACCUGAAACCUCCCUGCCUUGCCCCGUAUUGUCGCAGCGAAAUCUACUUUUGUAGCAGCAGGUCUGAAAUCCCCCAAUACUAAAGAAGAGGCUCGUUUUGCAGCCCCAGAGCAACCGGAGAGAAGAUGCUUUGAGUGACGAUAGGAGCUCCGGAAAAGAGAUGGCUUUGCAUCCUGCAGACACAAACUCUUGGUUGGUGUAGCCAGGAGGCUGCUGGCAAAGAUUGUGGCAUGAACUGACCCCACCAAUGGCUUGGUGCUCUUCGGAAGGGAUGCACCAACCUCUGAGAUGGUGCUGAGUUACUUUGCUCCUUUUGGAGGGAAUUCCAGGGCUUCAGAGGUGAGAUAAAAGCCCCCGAGGGAUCCAGCACCAUGGUUGCCUUGUCACUGAAAAUCUGUGUCCGCCAGUGCAAUGUGGUGAAGACGAUGCAGUUUGAACCCUCCACUGCAGUCUAUGAUGCAUGCCGGGUUAUCCGCGAGAGGGUCCCAGAGGCUCAGACAGGGCAAGCCUCUGAUUACGGGUUGUUUCUGUCUGAUGAAGAUCCACGGAAAGGCAUUUGGCUGGAGGCUGGCAGGACCCUGGAUUAUUACAUGCUGCGGAAUGGGGAUGUUUUGGAAUACAAAAAGAAGCAGAGACCCCAGAAAAUCAGGAUGUUGGACGGCUCCGUGAAGACGGUGAUGGUGGAUGACUCUAAAACGGUUGGAGAACUGCUGGUGACCAUCUGCAGCCGGAUAGGCAUAACCAACUAUGAAGAGUAUUCCUUAAUCCAAGAAGGCAGUGAGGAAAAGAAGGAAGAGGGCACAGGGACCCUGAAGAAGGAUCGGACGUUGCUACGGGAUGAAAAAAAGAUGGAGAAAUUAAAAGCCAAGCUGCACACCGAUGAUGACCUGAACUGGUUGGAUCACAGCCGAACCUUUCGGGAACAAGGGGUGGAUGAGAACGAGACGCUGCUUCUGAGACGGAAGUUCUUCUACUCUGAUCAGAACGUGGAUUCCAGAGACCCCGUCCAGCUCAACCUGCUCUAUGUCCAGGCCCGUGAUGACAUUCUGAACGGUUCCCACCCAGUGUCCUUCGAGAAGGCCUGUGAAUUUGGUGCUUUUCAGGCACAGAUCCAGUUCGGGCCUCACGUGGAGCACAAGCACAAACCUGGAUUCUUGGAUCUGAAAGAAUUUCUCCCCAAAGAAUACAUCAAGCAAAGAGGAGCUGAAAAGAGAAUAUUCCAGGAACACAAGAAUUGCGGAGAGAUGACAGAAAUAGAGGCAAAAGUGAAGUACGUGAAGUUGGCCCGGUCUCUGAGGACCUAUGGAGUCUCCUUUUUCCUGGUGAAGGAGAAAAUGAAAGGAAAGAACAAACUGGUCCCACGUUUGCUAGGAAUUACCAAGGAGUCUGUGAUGCGUGUGGAUGAAAAGACCAAGGAAGUCUUGCAGGAGUGGCCUCUGACCACCGUGAAACGCUGGGCGGCUUCACCCAAAAGCUUCACCCUGGAUUUUGGGGAGUACCAAGAGAGCUACUAUUCGGUACAGACCACUGAAGGGGAGCAGAUCUCUCAGCUGAUCGCAGGUUACAUUGACAUCAUCCUCAAGAAGAAGCAAAGCAAGGACCGCUUUGGGCUGGAAGGAGAUGAGGAGUCAACUAUGCUGGAAGAAUCCGUCUCUCCCAAAAAGUCAACGAUUUUACAGCAGCAGUUCAACCGCACCGGAAAGGUGGAGCAUGGCUCCGUGGCGCUUCCGGCCGUCAUGCGCUCGGGCUCCACCGGCCCAGAGACCUUCAACAUGGGCAGCAUGCCUUCCCCACAGCAGCAGGUGACAGUUGGGCAGAUGCAUCGGGCCCACAUGCCCCCUCUGACCUCAGCCCAGCAGGCCUUGAUGGGCACCAUCAACACCAGCAUGCAGGCCGUCCAGCAGACACAGGCAGACCUCACCCAAAUCGAUGACCUUCCGCCUUUAGGAAAUGACAUGGCUUCCAGAGUUUGGGUCCAGAACAAAGUGGACGAGUCAAAACAUGAAAUACACUCUCAGGUUGAUGCAAUCACUGCAGGGACAGCUUCCGUGGUGAACCUUACAGCAGGGGACCCGGUCGACACAGACUACACAGCGGUGGGCUGUGCCAUCACCACCAUUUCCUCCAACCUUACGGAGAUGUCCAAGGGGGUCAAGUUGUUGGCGGCCCUCAUGGACGACGAGGUUGGAAGUGGGGAGGACCUGCUGAAGGCUGCUCGGACCCUGGCAGGGGCCGUCUCAAACCUGCUCAAAGCAGUGGAACCGACAUCGGGAGAGCCCCGCCAGACUGUUCUGACCGCAGCCGGCAGCAUCGGCCAAGCCAGCGGGGAGCUGCUCAGACAGAUCGGGGAGAAUGAGACAGACGAACGUUUCCAGGAUGUCUUGAUGAGCCUGGCCAAAGCUGUGGCCAACGCCGCCGCCAUGUUGGUGCUGAAAGCCAAGAAUGUGGCUCAGGUGGCCGAGGACACCGUUCUGCAGAACAGGGUGAUUGCGGCUGCCACGCAAUGCGCCCUCUCCACCUCACAGCUGGUGGCUUGUGCAAAGGUGGUGAGUCCCACCAUCAGCUCCCCAGUGUGUCAGGAGCAGUUGAUUGAAGCCGGGAAGCUGGUGGAUCGCUCCGUGGAGAACUGUGUGCGGGCAUGCCAGGCUGCCACGGAUGACACCGAACUGCUUAAGCAAGUCAGCGCGGCAGCCAGCGUGGUCAGCCAGGCCCUGAAUGACCUCCUGCAGCACGUCCGCCAGUUUGCCAGCCGGGGGGAGCCCAUCGGGCGCUACGAUCAGGCCACGGACACCAUCAUGUAUGUCACUGAGAGCAUCUUCAGUUCCAUGGGGGAUGCUGGGGAAAUGGUGCGACAGGCCAGGGUGUUAGCGCAAGCAACGUCAGACCUGGUGAACGCCAUGCGCUCAGACGCUGAGGCAGAAAUUGACAUGGAGAACUCGAAGAAGCUCCUGGCAGCUGCCAAACUUCUUGCCGAUUCCACAGCCCGGAUGGUCGAAGCUGCAAAGGGAGCUGCUGCCAACCCCGACAAUGAAGACCAGCAGCAGAGGCUGCGGGAAGCGGCCGAAGGGCUCCGGGUGGCCACCAACGCAGCCGCCCAGAACGCCAUCAAGAAGAAGAUCGUGAACCGACUGGAGGUGGCAGCAAAACAGGCAGCCGCCGCUGCCACUCAAACCAUUGCAGCCUCACAGAACGCCGCCAUUUCAAACAAGAACACGGCAGCCCACCAGCAGCUAGUCCAGAGCUGCAAGAACGUGGCUGACCACAUCCCACAGCUGGUGCAAGGCGUGCGAGGGAGCCAAGCGCAGGCGGAGGACUUGGGUGCCCAACUCGCCUUGAUCAACUCCAGCCAAAAUUUCCUCCAGCCAGGGAGCAAAAUGGUGGCUUCGGCCAAAGCAGCGGUGCCAACCGUAACUGACCAGGCAGCGGCCAUGCAGUUGAGCCAGUGUGCCAAGAAUCUGGCCACCAGUCUGGCGGAGCUGAGGACGGCCUCUCAGAAGGCACACGAAGCCUGUGGUCCCAUGGAGAUCGACUCGGCCUUGAGCACUGUCCAGACGCUGAAAAAUGAAUUGCAGGAUGCAAAGAUGGCGGCUCUUGACGGACAGUUGAAGCCUCUUCCGGGGGAAACGCUCGAAAAAUGUGCCCAGGACUUGGGAAGCACCUCCAAAGCUGUCGGUUCCUCCAUGGCGCAGUUGUUGACCUGUGCUGCUCAAGGCAACGAAGACUACACAGGGGUGGCUGCCCGGGAAACGGCCCAGGCGCUGAAGACUUUGGCACAAGCAGCGCGGGGCGUGGCCGCAUCCACAGGCGACCCAGCUGGGGCCCGCGCGAUGCUGGAGUCGGCAUGGGACGUGAUGGAAGGCUCUGCUCUGCUCAUCCAGGAGGCCAAGCAGGCCCUGGUAUCUCCGGGGGAUGCCGAGAGUCAGCAGAGGCUGGCCCAGGUGGCGAAAGCCGUGUCCCAUUCACUGAACAACUGCGUCAACUGCCUCCCUGGCCAGAAGGAUGUGGACGUGGCACUGAAGAGCAUUGGCGAAUCCAGCAAGAAGCUGCUGGUGGAAUCGCUGCCCCCCAGCUCCAAGUCAUUCCAGGAAGCGCAGAGCGAGCUCAACCAGGCAGCGGCCGACCUGAACCAGGCAGCUGGGGAGGUGGUGCACUCCACACGGGGCCAGAGCGGGGAGCUGGCGGCCGCCUCAGGGAAGUUCAGCGAGGACUUCGAUGAGUUUCUCGACGCGGGGAUUGAAAUGGCCGGCCAAGCUCAGACCAAAGAGGACCAGAUUCAGGUCAUCGGGAACCUCAAGAACAUCUCCAUGGCUUCCAGCAAACUGCUUCUGGCAGCCAAAUCUCUGUCGGUGGACCCCGGCGCCCCCAACGCCAAGAACCUCUUAGCGGCUGCUGCCAGGGCGGUCACGGAGAGCAUCAACCAGCUGAUCACCCUGUGUACCCAACAAGCGCCUGGCCAGAAGGAGUGCGACAACGCUCUCCGGGAACUGGAGACCGUGAAGGAGAUGCUGGAAAAUCCCAGCGAGCCUGUGAGUGACCAGUCUUACUUUGACUGCAUUGAAGGCGUCAUGGAGAACUCCAAGGUACUCGGGGAAGCGAUGGCCGGCAUCUCCCAGAACGCCAAGACCGGCGACCUGCCUGUCUUCGGGGAGUGUGUGGGGGUGGCUUCCAAGGCACUCUGUGGUCUCACUGAAGCAGCCGCUCAGGCCGCCUACCUGGUGGGCAUCUCGGACCCCAAUAGCCAGGCUGGUCAACAGGGCCUCGUGGAUCCCAUCCAAUUUGCCCGUGCCAACCAGGCCAUCCAGAUGGCAUGCCAGAACCUGGUGGAUCCAGCCAGCAGUCCCUCCCAGGUCUUGUCGGCAGCCACCAUCGUGGCCAAGCACACUUCUGCCCUGUGCAACGCCUGCCGCAUCGCUUCGUCCAAAACGGCCAACCCCGUGGCCAAGAGGCACUUCGUCCAGUCGGCCAAGGAGGUGGCCAACAGCACGGCCAACCUGGUGAAGACCAUCAAGGCUUUGGAUGGAGACUUUUCAGAAGACAAUCGUGGCAAGUGCCGGACCGCUGCUGCUCCACUCAUUGAAGCCGUGGAAAACCUGACCGCCUUCGCCUCCAAUCCCGAGUUUGCCAGUAUUCCUGCUCAGAUCAGUGCUGAGGGUUCUCGCGCGCAGGAGCCCAUCCUGGCUUCGGCUCGGACCAUGUUGGAGAGCUCGUCUUUCUUGAUCAAAACCGCUCGCUCCCUGGCCAUCAACCCCAAGGACCCCAACACCUGGUCUGUCCUGGCUGGACAUUCGCACACUGUCUCCGAGUCCAUCAAGAGCCUCAUCACUUCCAUCAGGGACAAAGCUCCAGGUCAGCGGGAGUGUGACCACGCCAUUGAUGGCAUUAACAAGUGCAUCAGAGACAUCGAACAAGCCUCCCUCGCCGCCGUUAGUCAGAACCUGGCCACCAGGGAUGACAUUUCUGUGGAGGCUUUGCAAGAGCAGCUGACCUCCGUUGUCCAGGAAAUUGGCCAUCUUAUCGACCCCAUUGCGACGGCAGCCCGAGGGGAGGCUGCUCAGCUUGGACACAAGGUGACGCAGCUCUCCAGCUACUUUGAACCCUUGGUUCUGGCGGCCGUUGGUGUCGUCUCCAAGUUGAUGAAUCACCAGCAGCAAAUGAACCUGCUGGAUCAGACCAAGACCUUGGCGGAAUCGGCCCUCCAGAUGCUCUACGCGGCCAAGGAAGGAGGGGGGAACCCAAAGGCGUCACACACGCAUGAUGCCAUCCUGGAAGCAGCACAGCUCAUGAAGGAAGCCGUGGAUGACAUCAUGGUGACCUUGAAUGAGGCUGCCAGUGAAGUAGGCAUGGUGGGGAACAUGGUGGAUUCCAUCGCUGAAGCUAUGAGCAAGCUAGACGAAGGGACACCGUCCGAACCCAAAGGGUCCUUUGUCGACUACCAGACCACAGUUGUCAAAUACUGCAGGGCCAUCGCAGUCACAGCCCAAGAGAUGAUGACCAAGGCGGUCACUAAUCCAGAGGAACUGGGAGGACUCGCCUCGCAAAUGACCACUGACUAUGGACACCUGGCUUCCCAGGGCCGGAUGGCAGCGGGGACUGCGGAACCGGAGGAGAUAGGGUUCCAGAUCAGAACCCGGGUUCAAGAACUCGGACACAGCUGCAUCUUCCUGGUCCAAAAAGCCGGCGCCCUGCAGAUAUGUCCAACUGAUGCCUACACUAAGCGGGAGUUGAUCGAAUGCACCCGGACGGUCAGCGAAAAGGUGUCCCUGGUGUUGUCAGCUCUCCAGGCAGGAAACAAGGGCACCCAGGCGUGCAUCACCGCUGCCAGCGCCGUCUCUGGCAUCAUUGCUGACCUGGAUACCACCAUCUUGUUUGCUGCGGCCGGGACGCUGAACGCUGAGAACAAGGAAUCCUUUGCCGAUCACAGGGAAAAUAUUCUAAAGACUGCAAAGACUUUGGUUGAAGACACCAAGCUGUUGGUUUCCGGAGCCGCCUCCAGCCAGGAGAAGUUGGCCCAAGCUGCCCAGUCUUCGGCCAGCACUAUCACGCAACUAGCAGAGGUGGUGAAGCUGGGAGCUGCCAGCCUGGGCUCAGAUGACCCUGAAACGCAGGUUGUGCUAAUCAAUGCCAUUAAGGAUGUGGCGAAGGCCUUGUCUGACCUCAUCGGUGCCACCAAAGGAGCCGCCAGCAAGCCAGCAGACGACCCGUCCAUGUACCAGCUCAAGGGGGCUGCUAAGGUGAUGGUGACCAACGUCACCUCCCUCCUGAAGACGGUGAAGGCUGUGGAGGACGAGGCCACGCGUGGAACCAGGGCUCUGGAGGCCACCAUAGAGUACAUCAAGCAGGAGCUCACGGUAUUCCAGUCCAAGGAGGUUCCCGAGAAGACCUGCUCCCCAGAAGAAUCCAUCCGGAUGACGAAAGGCAUCACCAUGGCAACAGCCAAAGCUGUGGCAGCCGGGAACUCCUGCCGGCAAGAGGAUGUGAUCGCCACGGCCAACCUCAGCCGCAAAGCCGUAGCCGAGAUGCUGGCUGCCUGCAAGCAAGCCUCCUACCACCCCGAUGUCAGCGAAGAUGUGCGGAUGAGGGCACUGCAUUAUGGGACGGAGUGCACCUUGGCUUACCUGCAGCUCUUGGAACAUGUCCUGAUGAUCCUCCAGAAGCCCAGUGCUGAGCUGAAGCACCUGCUGACUGCUUUGUCCAAAGGGGUCGCGGGGGCUGUGACGGAACUCAUACAAUCUGCCGAAGCCAUGAAAGGUACCGAAUGGGUCAACCCUGAAGACCCCACUGUGAUUGCCGAGACGGAAUUACUUGGAGCCGCUGCUUCUAUUGAAGCAGCUGCCAAAAAGCUGGAGCAGCUGAAACCCAGAGCCAAGCCCAAGCAGGCCGACGAGACCCUCGAUUUUGAAGAACAGAUUCUCGAAGCAGCCAAGUCCAUCGCUGCGGCCACCAGCGCCCUGGUCAAGUCAGCCUCUGCUGCCCAGCGAGAGCUGGUCGCCCAAGGCAAGGUGGGGGCCAUUCCUGCCAACGCCGCCGAUGAUGGUCAGUGGUCUCAGGGGCUGAUUUCUGCGGCCCGGAUGGUGGCAGCUGCAACCAGCAACCUCUGCGAGGCGGCCAACGCCUCGGUCCAAGGUCACGCCAGUGAGGAGAAGCUCAUCUCCUCGGCCAAGCAAGUGGCCGCUUCCACGGCUCAGCUAUUGGUGGCUUGCAAAGUGAAGGCUGACCAGGACUCCGAGGCCAUGAGGAGGCUGCAGGUGGCGGGAAAUGCCGUGAAACGGGCGUCAGACAACCUGGUCAGGGCGGCCCAGAAGGCGGCCUUUGGAAAGGCGGAUGAUGACGACGUGGUGGUGAAGACCAAGUUUGUGGGGGGCAUCGCCCAGAUCAUCGCAGCCCAGGAGGAGAUGUUGAAGAAGGAACGGGAAUUGGAGGAAGCUCGGAAAAAGCUGGCCCAGAUCCGCCAGCAGCAGUAUAAGUUCCUCCCAAGCGAACUGCGGGAAGAAGAAGGCUAAACGCCCGCAGGGGUCUCACUGGGAAGAAAGACUUUGGUCUCCUGUGGGAAAGCAGGCUGGAGAAGCCUUCGACCCGGAGAAAAGCCGCCUCCUUGGAGUUGGGGGCAGGGGAGUCUCUGCCAGUGUUACGAGGCGGUUUCACAAACGGAGGACCUUUUUUGCACUAAAAGUACUCAAUUCAGCACAUUGUGGACAGCAGCAGCCCCUCCUGUACCCCCACCCAGAAUUAGAAUAAUCCUGCUUUUGGAGCGAUGCCCGUUCACCCGUUUUCCACUGGAGCAAAGGGCACCAAACAAUUUUUCAGCAUUAAACACAACCAUUUUUCUCUCUUGCUUUUGUGGAGACUUUGUUUUGUGGGAUGUCUGACCUGAUCCGUAUUUCAAUAUUUCACUGCUGCGAACAAGGACAAGCCCAAGAGGCGGAUUGAGACCCGGGAUGGCACCACAUUGUGUCCGUUAAAGCUGCUCUUGGGUUGUGAGUUCAAACUGGAUGAACCCCUGAGGACUAGUAACGUGCAUAUUGGUCUUCUUUGUUUGUUUCUUUCCCAAGUUUUGCUAAGGGAGUCAGACACUGGUAUUAGGAAUCGCAAAGACCUCGUCUACAUACUUCACACCUGAACAAUAAAGCCAGACUGUAUUUUUCCAGUAGAUGAUCAGUGAAUCACUCUCUAAACUGAAGCAUUUUAGACAAAAAACUCCAUCUGAGAGAGAGGCUGUAGUUUGAAAAACGCUGCAAUUAGUUUUUCAUUUAAUGUGACAUAAAAUCUUAGUUAAGGUAAAAUUAUCCUUUGCGUUUCUUAUUCCAAACCACAGCAGGACUGAAAACAGGGCAAUUCCUUAAUACGUUCUGGCUGAGCCGUCUCAAUCAACCAAACUGUUGGGUGGCAGAAAUUUCCAGAACAGGGGCUUCAAUUUGUCUGCUUGAGGUGGGGGAGGGGGGAGAAGCUUUCUCAAACCUUCCUGAAUACCUUGAAACUUUCUUAAGCUUCGUUGCUCUCCUGGAAACCAGCCGCUCUGCUCCAGUCCUUGUGGAAGCACUAAACGGGAUGCAGGCAAUGUCUUUCCGGCCUUAAGCUGGCCGAACAGCUGGGCAAAAUGCUCAGGCUGGGUGCCGGAGACUCUCAGCCAGGGAUGUUUUGGGUGGGUGGCAUCUACAUGCCAAGCCGUAGAAGUUGGGGCAAAAUCUGCUUCUGGACUGUGUCCUCCAGCCUAUUUAUGGCCAGUCUGGAUAGAAGAUCCAAUCUCCAUGCCCAAAGUAUCAAAGCCCGGUUUCUGCCCUCCAAAGACCCCCUUCUGCAAGGAGGAAUCUCCUUGUUUCAUGAGGGUCCCCGUGAUUGGCGGCUCCCAGUCAUGCCACCUGGUCAUGGGAAACGGAUCACUGGAUAGAAAACACUUUGCAAGAAUCUCAUGUAGUUUUGGAAAAGGAUGCUUCCUGCAGCAACCUGCCUGGGCUCCGGUCUGGCUCGGUCGAGAAGGUUUGAAGGACCAGCUUUUCUGGACAGAUCUGUUUUGUCCUCAGCUUUGUCCACUUGCCCCUCCCCCAUUGUAAAACAUACACAAAAUGCUCCCCUGGCAUUGUGCAGUGGAGACAUUUAGGGAUAUAUGCAGAAAGUGGGGCUUGAGGCUCAGGGUCCAGAGGCAGAGAGGCCAAGCAAGGGAGCGAAGGAAUUUCCACAUUCUGGAUGCAGUCAAUAUUUCCUCAGGCUUCCUCCAGCAAAACAGCCAUGCUGGCAAAGAGCUUUAAAUUGCUGAUGGGUCUGCGGUGCUUCAGUCAAAAAGGGAAACAGAUUUUGAAGGGCAGCUUUUGACGAAGGAGCUCCCCGACUUCUUUUUCUCCAGGCUAUGCCCCUCUGCUCUUGUCCAUCAAAAUCCCACCCUUGGUGCUCGGCUGUUGAAGAAGACACUUGGUCAGCCAUGUCGGAGCGUGAAAUGUCCCCAUUGGAAGUAAGAGGGAUGGAGGACUUGCCCAUGAUCCUUCCCAUCAACCAACCGUUGAAGCUAUUACAGAUUGCAUCGCUGUGGGACCCUGAAACAUCUGAAUGCAGCUGAGGCUUCUUUCGUGGCCCCAGGCUUCUGGGAGAAGGGCUUGCCCCCAGAAAAAGCCAUGCCCACCCAAAGGAAGAUAGCAACUGUCCCAAAUGAUGUGCUCUUUUGAUGUUACACUGUACGUAUGCUCUUUAUCAGGCCCACAGAGCUGUUUUGUAUUUACCCUAAAUAAAAUUUUGAACCAA